UCAAACUUAUAUUGAAAUAGUGUGAAAGUGUGACGAUGGUUGUUCCUCCUCCCGCCCGCAUUUUUUUUUUCAGACAACGUGGCAAGACGACACUCCCGCCCGCUUGCUCUCACUCCCUUCAGGCGGCUUUAUACCGGUCAUUCUUUAAGUCUGUUCUCAUGCGUAGUCACCAGAAAAAAAACAACGUCAUGAAAAUUGUCAGCAUGUUGACUCUCAAAAAUAAAACCACACUUAGUUUGUUUUCAUUCUGGCUCUCGGUGAAUCACUGCAGCUGUCAAACGCAAGGCGUGGUGCUGAACUUCUCCGGCUGGACCAGAUGAGCUGAAAAAACGUGUUGUGGGAUGAAGGUCAGAAACGGCGGGACACAGGGGACCUAGUGGCAGAGAGUGAAUCCUGUUUAUGCAUGAAGACGCUGUAACGCACCAUGGACACCAGAGGGCGCCACGAUCACAAGGCCCAAGGCGACGCUAGCAGGUCUCCCUACCCGGACAGGAGCCCUAAGUACCCGCCACCCGAUCCGAGGGAGAGGGAGAGGUCCUGGGGCUACCCAGAGGCUCAUCACAGAGAUUAUUUCACCAGCUCCCCUCACAGACCAGAGUAUAAUGACCCCAGAGGACAGUAUGGGGGACAGUAUGGAUAUGAUCAACAGGAUCAAGCAAGGCCCGGGUACGAAUACCCUCCUCAACAAUGGGAAUACAGAGAUUAUUAUAAUCAGUACGACCACGACCCAUACUGGGGACAGCGGAGAGGCCCAGAUGGUGGGCAACAUGUUUCCAAUGACUCACGGCGGUACCAGGACAGGACGUAUGAACAGAUGCAUUCUGGGUAUUCCAAUUCAGAAUACUACAGGUCUGACCAGCAGACAGACCGGGGUCACUACUUUGAUCCCAGAGAGGUCGCAGAGCCCUCUGCCUCGACCCGGCUCUCAGAACAUUCCAGAACCCCAGGCCUGCCCCUGACCAGUACCAACUCUCUGGAAUAUUCCAAGGCCUCAGGCUUGUCAUCCAGUGGCUACGAGCUGAGCCAGUACAUGAACGGAGCUGACCAGAUCGAUGUUGACUCUCAGUCUCUCCUUCCUCCUCCUCCUUCUUGUUUUGAUCCAGAACCCGUUCCUGUCGCUCCUCUGAAGUACGCAAUCCCUCAUGCGGUGGUCAGUUUCGGUACUGCAGGCCAACUGCUCCGGGUCAGCCCGGGUUUGUCCACCAAAGAGAACCAGCUAGAGAUCCACAGUCUGGAGGUUAUUCUCGGGGAGACCCAAGAACAACAGGACUUGAGGAACUUCCCUGGGCCUUUAACCAGGGAAGACUUGCACAAAGUCGACGCUAUGGAGUUCGCCCACAAGAGGGCAGCCGCGAGCUUGCGAGACGUCACCCAGGACAGCGCCUCGGCCGCCCUCUUGUGGAAGCUGCUGAUUCUGCUUUGCAGGCAGAACGGACAAAUAGUUGGAUCUGAUAUUGCCGAGCUGCUGCUCCAGAACCCGUCCAGCGAGGAAAGGCCUGACAGCCGUGCACCGAUGCUGAUUGACUUCAGCGAGGGCCCGGCCCCUGUCACGGUGCCCUGUGUUGUUGGAGACGACCUUCUCACCGGCACUGCGACCCACUCCAGUGCAGAGAGCUCGAAGGUGGCCCUGGACAAAUACACAGCGCUGCUAUUGGCCGGGAGGAAGAAGGAGGCUUUAGAGUCGGCCAUGAACAGUGAGUUAUGGGGACACGCGCUGUUUCUGGCCAGCAAGAUGGACAACCGCUCCUACACCACCGUACUGAACAGGUUCACCGGUCAGUUGACCCUCAGCGACCCCCUCCAAACGCUCUUCCAGCUGCUCUCUGGGAAAACUCCUGCAGUAUCCACGUGUUGUGGGCAGGAGAAGUGGGGGGACUGGAAGCCCCACCUGGCCGUCAUGCUGGCCAAUGAGACGGCGGAUCCCAACGUACAGAAGAAGGCGGUUGUUGCCAUGGGAGACACCCUAGCCUCAAGAGGUCUGCUCCACGCAGCUCACGUCUGCUACCUGACGGCCUAUGUACACUUUGGGUUCUUCACUCAAAAGACUGACCGGCUAGUUCUACUGGGCUCCAGCCACAGAUUGUCCUUUUCAAAGUUUGCCCAGAAUGCGGCCAUUCAGUGCACAGAGGUAUUUGAAUACAGCCAAAAUCUAGGAGGAAAACAUUUUUCUAUUCCAACAUUUCAGGUGUAUAAGUUGCUGUACGCCACCAGGCUGCUGGACUGGGGCCUUGCAUCGCAGGCAUACCAUUACUGCGAGCUGAUUGGUCAGAGCAUCCUAAGACAUAAUGAGCCCCAGCUCGUCCUGACCGAGGAGGUUAUCAAGUUGGCUGACAGGCUGAAGCACUGCGAGGGCCAGUUGAGCGGCGAGUCCUGUGGGGGAGUUCCGUGUGACCCCAGCUGGCUGCAACAGCUGCGUCUCAGGCUCCAAGGCUUGCAGACGGGAAAUUAUGACAGCAUGGGAGCCUAUCUGCCCCCAGUUGAUGGGAGCACCCGGGCCAAUCAGGACACAGGUGCACCACCAGAGGCUUACCCCCGCUAUGAGCGAGGGACAGAAGGAGGGGAAGGAGGAGCAGAGACCACAGGCCGGGCUGGUGGAGCCAUGCAACCACCCACAGACGAGUGGGAGCCUCAGGGCCCGGGGUUCCAGGCUAAUGCUCCACCUUCUCCAUCGCAGCCCUACACUCCUCCACCUCCAGCACAGCCCUAUGCCCCUCCGACUCCAGCGCAAUCCUAUGCUCCUCCACCACCAGCUUAUCCUCACGCUCCUCCACCUCAACCUGAGCUCUAUGCUCCUCCACCUCAACCAGAGCUCUAUGCUCCUCCACCUCAACCUGAGCUCUAUGCUCCUCCACCUCAACCAGAGCUCUAUGCUCCUCCACCUCAACCAGAGCUCUAUGCUCCUCCACCUCAACCAGAGCUCUAUGCUCCUCCACCUCAACCUGAGCUCUAUGCUCCUCCACCUCAACCAGAGCUCUAUGCUCCUCCACCUCAACCAGAGCUCUAUGCUCCUCCACCUCAACCUGAGCUCUAUGCUCCUCCACCUCAACCAGAGCUCUAUGCUCCUCCACCUCAACCAGAGCUCUAUGCUCCUCCACCUCCAGCUGCUAGCGGCGCCGUGGACCAACAGCUCGGUUAUCAUCACUCUAAUGCCGCCCAGGACAUCACACCGUCCACAGGGUUCCUGCCGAUGGUUCCUCUGGAGAAUGUAUUCGGAGAAGACUUGGUGAACGGCAACGGGGACGAGACGUGGCCUGAGGUUCCACAGGCAACCACUGCAGAGGAAACGGCUACAGAGCCAGCCGACACCAAACAACCAGAUGGCAGCAAGGCAGGCUGGUUCAGUAGAUGGUUCAAAUCCAAGCCCAACAAUGAACAGAAGGGGAUGUCAGAUCAAGCCAAACCCUCUCAAACAGCGUCAGAAACCCCUGCCCCACCCGGGGGCUCCUACGACUGGGCUCAACACCAACGCGGCUUCAAUCCCGGCCCCCCGUCCACCGGCAUAACUCCUCCAUAAAACACAGGGCCCCUUUGACCUUCACCAGUAAGGAACAUGGGAAUGUCUGUGGAACCGCGGCCCUGCUGUUUGAACGCUGCAUCUUGGAUGGGACGGGCCCAGCACCGCCGGCCCCGCAGCCCUCCCCUCCCCUCCACCAAGUAGGGCUUUUUUUGGAUGACCUUUGAAACUCCCUGUUCUUGCGCACCUUGGCAGCACAAACCGUUACAGAAAUACACGCGCAACGCCAGUCAUGGAAGAAACUUUUCAUGUCAAUGUCGCCACUCACAAACUCACAAGCCACAAGUCGUGACAUUGCCCCAAAACAGCUGAAAGUAUUAUACUUCCGGAAAAGCUUAUGUCUGCCUAUGAGCAUCAUGCAUGUAUUUUGGGUCUCGUUCAUAUAGACCAAGAAGGAGGAGCAGUAUUUGUGAAUGAAGACAUAAUUCCUGACAAGGUAUUUUAUAUAGACAACAGAUGUUGACAACAUAAGACCGUAUGCCUACAUUGAGUAGUUUUCCAGGAUGAUUUGGCUUGAAAAUAGUGUUGUUGGAUGUAAAUCUUCUUCCAAUUACCAUGUCUGACUUGGAACUCAUCUGAGGUUGAGAGCUAGAGAUGUAUUGAGGAAUUUGCUGGACUUGCUACACUUAAUUUUGUUAACGUUUUUUAUCAACUUUUAGAUGCCCACCUCUUAUUUAAUAAGAGUUGAGGGUUAUACCACAAUCAUAAAUAGUUCAAUGCUUUGUUUUCUUGUCAUCAUCAGAUCACGUUCAAAUCAUUAGAAAACAAAAGUGUAACAAAUAAACCUGUAAUGUUCAUGAUUAUUUAUUUUGAGAAGAAGAGGGUAGACUGCAUAUAAUUGUGUCGUAAUAAAGUUUUUCUUUGUA